AUGAGUCAUUCUUUCGACAUGUGGUGUAUUUUUUGGUUGCAGAUCGGCGCGCUGAAGAAUUAUUAUCUCUUCUCCCACAAACGGCUGCACAAGAGGUCCCUCGCCGUGAGCGAGCCGCAUCACAAGGCGCUGAGAGAUGAAACGCGGGUGCACUGGUUCCAGCAGCAGCACGAGAAGAAGCGCAAGAAGCGCGACUUCGAGAGCGCGCCCUACGCCUUCGUCGGCUUCCCGCCGUUCUUCGACUUCCGGCCGCGCUCGCGCCAUGUCGGCACGACCCAGCAGCCGCCGAGGAUCAGCGCGAGCUUGCCGCUCCAAAAUCUCUUCACGGACCCGCUCUUCAAGGAACAGUGGUACCUGAACGGCGGCGCCAAGGACGGCUAUGACAUGAACCUCGCCCCAGCCUGGCAAAAGGGCUACACCGGCAAGGGUGUCGUCGUGUCCAUCUUGGACGACGGCAUUCAGACCAACCAUCCCGACCUGGCGCUCAACUACGACCAUGAGGCCAGCACCGACAUCAACGACAACGACGACGACCCGAUGCCAAGGGACAACGGCGACAACAAGCACGGCACUCGCUGCGCCGGCGAGGUCGCCGCCGUCGCCUUCAACCAGUACUGCGGCGUCGGCGUCGCCUACAACGCCAGUAUCGGAGGCGUGCGAAUGCUCGAUGGCCCGGUAAACGACGCCGUCGAAGCCAAAGCGCUGGGAUUGAAUCCUGAUCACAUCGACAUAUACAGCGCCUCCUGGGGCCCCGAGGACGACGGCAAGACUGUCGACGGGCCCGGUCCUCUCGCCAGAAGGGCGUUUAUUUACGGAGUGACGAGCGGCCGUAAGGGCAAGGGCUCGAUCUUCGUGUGGGCGUCGGGCAACGGCGGCAGGCACACCGAUUCUUGCAACUGCGACGGCUACACGAACAGCAUCUUCACGCUCUCGAUAUCGAGCGCGACCCAAGGCGGUUACAAGCCGUGGUACCUCGAGGAGUGCAGCUCCACUUUGGCGUCCACGUACUCGUCCGGCACCCCGGGCAACGACAAGAGCGUCGCCACCGUGGACAUGGACGCGAAACUGCGGCCCGACCACAUCUGCACCGUCGAGCACACCGGCACGUCGGCCUCGGCGCCGCUCGCCGCCGGCAUCGCCGCCCUCGCUCUCGAGGCGAACCCCGGCCUGACGUGGCGCGACAUGCAAUACCUGGUGGUGCUCACCUCGCGCUCCGAGCCGUUGAGCAACGAGUCGGGCUGGAUACUGAACGGGGUGAAGAGAAAGGUCUCCCACAAGUUUGGCUACGGCCUCAUGGACGCGGGCGCGAUGGUCACCUUGGCCGAGCAGUGGACCAACGUGCCGCCUCAGCACAUCUGCAAGUCCGACGAGAUCAACGAGGAGAGGCCGAUCGACCCCACUUAUGGCUAUACUUUGAGCGUAUACAUGGACGUCAGUGGCUGCGCCGGCUCCUUGAACGAAGUUCGCUUCCUCGAACAUGUGCAGUGCAAGGUGUCCCUGCGGUUCUUCCCUCGAGGCAAUCUAAGACUGCUGCUGACCUCGCCGAUGGGCACGACUUCGACCUUGCUGUUCGAGCGGCCGCGCGACGUCCUCAGCUCCAACUUCGACGACUGGCCCUUCCUCAGCGUGCACUUCUGGGGCGAGAAGGCAGACGGUCGAUGGACCCUGCAGAUCAUUAACGCCGGGAAUCGACACGUCAACUCACCAGGUAUCCUGAAGAAGUGGCAGCUGAUCUUCUACGGCACGGCGACGAACCCGAUCCGCUUGCGCAACCGGCACUUUAACCCGAGCUACCAAGGUCCGUACACCGGCGCCGCGUCGAACGUACAGGCAUCCGUGGCGACCUUGGACGGCUCGUCGGCGCCGUUACUGACUAACCGACUGCCCGGCGACGUCUCGUCGGCGUCCGCUUAUGACUCGUCCCUGGCGGCGUCGUCCGCGCAAGCGGACGGCUCUUUGGACACCACCAGGAGGAUAUUGCACGACUGCGAUCCCCAGUGUGACUCGCAAGGCUGCUACGGCAAGGGCCCGACGCAGUGCGUCGCCUGUAAAAAUUAUCGACUCGAUAACACGUGCGUCAGCCGCUGCCCGCCGAGGAGCUUCCCCAAUCAAGGUGGCGUCUGCUGGCCGUGCCACGAGUCCUGCGAGGUGUGCGCCGGUGCCGGUCAAGACUCCUGUCUGUCGUGCGCUCCCGCCCACCUGCGAGUCACUGACCUGGCGGUCUGCCUUCAGCAAUGCCCCGAGGGCUAUUACGAAAAUACCGAGAACAGUACAUGCGUGCCCUGCGAGGCGAACUGCGCCAGCUGCCAGGACAGGCCGGACAAAUGCACCAGCUGCGAGCAUCACUUGGUGAUGCACGAGAAUAAAUGCUACGCCGCCUGUCCCGCUUACACGUACGAGACGCAGGACUACAAUUGCGCGCCGUGCCACUCCACCUGCGAGACCUGCAACGGCACCGCGGAGAAUCAGUGCAUCGUCUGUCGGUCUGGGCUGUUCGCUCUGAACGGCACAUGCCACGCGUCGUGCAUGGCCGGCUACAGCGCCGACAAGAAGCGGCGAGAGUGCGUGGCCUGCCCGCCCGGUUGCGCGAGUUGCGCCACGCUGAGCUGCACCAGCUGCGUCGAGGGCUGGAGCCUGAACAAGAAGGGCCUGUGCGCGCCUGAGAACCGCAACAACUGCGACCUCAACCAGUACUACGAGGACGGCCAGUGCAAGCCCUGCCACUCGUCCUGUGAGACCUGCGCCGGUCCCACGGAGGAUUACUGCAUUUCCUGCCCGAACCCGACGCUCCUCCAGGGCAAACGUUGCGUGUCCCAGUGCGAUGAUGGCUACUACUCGGUGGUGCAGCCGUCGCGGCCGGUCUGCGUCCCGUGCCUGCACACUUGCAAGAGUUGUGUGUCCCGCCUCAACUGCACCGCCUGCCAGGACGGGCUGCAGCUGCAGAGCGGGGAGUGCAGGUCGUCCUGCGCGCAAGGUUACUACAGCGACAGAGGCCAAUGCGCCAAGUGUUACUUGUCGUGUAAAACGUGUUCGGGACCACGCAGGGACCAAUGCGUCACUUGUCCGAGCGGGUGGCAAUUGGCAGCCGGCGAGUGCCAUCCGGAAUGCCCGGAAGGGUUCUUCAAGUCCAAUUACGGCUGUCAGAAGUGUCACCACUACUGUCGCACGUGCAAAGGCGAGGGUCCGCUAGAAUGCACCUCUUGCCCGCCACACUCGAUGCUGGAAGGCGGCCUCUGCAUGGAGUGCCUGGGCGCUCAGUACUACGAUCCCUUAACGCAGCUCUGCAAGAGCUGCCAUUCCGACUGCCGAAGGUGCACCGGUCCUGGCAAGUUCAGUUGUUCCGCGUGUUCGCCGCCCUUGCACUUGGAUAAAUUGAACAACCAGUGCGUGCCGUGCUGUACGGGCAACGAGAAGGGGCCCCAGGCUGAAGAGUGUUGUCUCUGUGACCCGGAAACCGGCGGCUGCAGAAAUAGCUCGCCGGCUGGCAAGAGGAGGGUACCGGGAACAGAGUUCUUGACCGAUUCGGGGGUCCCCGAGGCGUACGAGAACGGCAGAACAAGUAGUAACAACGAUUCGGCUACGUUGGCUGUAACAGCGGCCACAACCAUGGCGGUCGCUAUCUGCCUCGCGUCGAUCGCAUUGUUCGCGACGAUAUUUAUCGCUCUACAGGCCUGGUCCGGCAGAAGGGAGGCUAACCUGGGAUACACGCAGCUCGCCGUACGAGUAGAGCCGCCCGACGACGCGGACGUCGACGACACGACGGAACUGAUGACCUAGACCUCGUUAACAGCAACGUAGCCAAUGACAGGACCUCUCCUCUCGUCGAGGAGUCGCAGGGAGAUCGACGAGUCUCGAUUGUGAUUGGUUCGCGAGUCAGAAGUUACGUGCUUUCGCGCCGGCGAAAGGUUCGGGGGUAGCCGCGCGCAGGAGAUAAUGGAGCGCGACGGGAUAUAAGAUUCGUCGCGUGACGAUGAGGGGUAAACAAUGAGAAGACGGUGGUGAACACGCACGGAGGAAUGGAGGAGUGGAAAGAGAAGGAGGAGUUGUAGCAAGAGGAGGAAACGAAGGAGGAUUCGUCGAAAACGUGAUAGUAGAAGAACUUCGUAAAGUAAUGUACGAAUGAGAAAAGAGAAAGAGAGAGAGAGAGAGAGAGAGAGAGAGAGAGAGAGAGAGAGAGAGAGAGAGAGAGAGAGGGAGAGAGAGAGUGGAGAGUGAGAGUGUGAGUGAGAAAGAGAGCGAGCGAGCGAGAGAUAAAAUGAAAAAUUGUUGAAUGUGUGAGUGUGUACGAGAUAUGUUCCAUAGCUAGAAGUAUACUUUUUGCCCGUCGUCGUUGUCGAGUACGUCGUCGUCGUCGUCGUUCGUCGCUAUCACCACCACUGCCGUCGUCGUCGAGCGUACACGUACCGAAAACACUUUCGAUUCCGGAUGGCGGAUGAAGCACGGAGAGAAAGGGUGAAGGACAUUAUAAAGUGCCUGAUUAGUGACGCCCUUGAUCCCACACCCUUUCGCGUUCCCCUUCCGACGUUCUUUCUCUCUCUCUUUCUCCCUCCCCUUCCCUCCCCCUC